AAAAAAACUAAUUAAAAAAAUAUUUUUAAUAUCUGUGCUGUAGGAUACGUAAAGAACGGACACACCCUUUACUUAAAUUCUGGAUUAAGCACUUCCAGAAAUCAUUAUGGUAAACGUGUAAUCACCAGAGAAGCCGAUCUUGUAACAGCUCAUGAAUUUGGCCACAACUGGGGAAGUGAGCAUGAUCCUGACAUUCCAGAAUGUUCCCCCAACUCUCGGCACGGUGGAUCUUUUCUAAUGUACACAUAUUCUGUUAGUGGUUAUGACCGAAACAACAAGAUGUUUUCUCCCUGUAGCAGAAGGUCCAUCUUUGCUGUUCUUGAAGCCAAAGCUCAAAAGUGUUUCUCUGAGCCAGAAGCGUCGUUCUGUGGUAACUCGCUGGUCGAAGAAAAUGAGCAGUGUGACGCAGGGCUGAUUGGCAGUGAAGAUAAUGACCCUUGUUGUGAUACCGACUGCAAGCUUAGGAACGGUGCUGUGUGCAGUGAUAAGAAUUCUCCAUGCUGUCGGGGAUGCCGUUUGAUUAUUACAGGGGACAUCUGUAGACAGGCACAGAGAAAUGCAUGUAAACAAGAAGCAUAUUGUAAUGGUAGGUCUGCUGAAUGCCCAGAAUCUAAACCCCAGGAAGAUGAUAAAGGAUGCCUAGACAGGUAAGAUUUGUAUGUGAGACUUAUUGU